AUUUUAACAUGUUAUUUGACAGGCGAUGAACAAUAAUAAACUUUUCAUAUUGAACCAUCAUGAUGUGAUUAUACCAUAUUUGAGGAGGAUAAACACUACAAUAACGAAAACAUAUGCCUCGAGAACUUUGCUCUUCUUGCAAGAUAAUGGAUCUUUGAAGCCACUAGCAAUUGAAUUGAGUUUGCCACAUCCAGAUGGAGAUCAAUUUGGUGUUACUAGUAAAGUGUAUACUCCAAGUGAUCAAGGUGUUGAGAGCUCUAUCUGGCAAUUGGCCAAAGCUUAUGUUGCGGUGAAUGACUCUGGUGUUCAUCAACUAAUUAGUCAUUGGUUGAAUACACAUGCGGUGAUUGAGCCAUUUGUGAUUGCAACAAACAGGCAACUAAGUGUGCUUCACCCUAUUCAUAAGCUUCUAUAUCCUCAUUUCCGGGACACAAUGAAUAUUAAUGCUAUGGCAAGACAGAUCCUAAUCAAUGCUGGUGGGGUUCUUGAGAGUACAGUUUUUCCAUCCAAAUUUGCCAUGGAAAUGUCAGCUGUCGUUUACAAAGAUUGGGUUUUCCCUGAUCAAGCCCUUCCGGCUGAUCUUGUUAAAAGGGGAGUAGCAGUUGAGGACUCGAGUUCUCCUCAUGGUGUUCGUUUACUGAUAGAGGACUAUCCAUACGCUGUUGAUGGCUUAGAAAUAUGGUCUGCAAUCAAAAGUUGGGUGACAGACUACUGCAGUUUCUACUAUGGAUCGGAUGAAGAGAUUCUGAAAGACAAUGAACUACAAGCCUGGUGGAAGGAACUCCGAGAAGUGGGACAUGGUGACAAGAAAAAUGAACCAUGGUGGCCUGAAAUGGAAACACCACAAGAGCUAAUCGAUUCGUGUACCACCAUCAUAUGGAUAGCUUCUGCACUUCAUGCAGCAGUUAAUUUUGGGCAAUAUCCUUAUGCAGGUUACCUCCCAAAUCGCCCCACAGUAAGUCGAAGAUUCAUGCCUGAACCAGGAACUCCUGAAUAUGAAGAGCUAAAGAAAAACCCCGAUAAGGCGUUCUUGAAAACAAUCACAGCUCAAUUACAAACAUUGCUUGGUGUUUCCCUCAUAGAGAUAUUGUCAAGGCAUACUACAGAUGAGAUUUACCUCGGACAACGAGAGUCUCCUGAAUGGACAAAGGACAAAGAACCACUUGCUGCUUUCGACAAAUUUGGAAAGAAGUUGACAGACAUUGAAAAACAGAUUAUACAGAGGAAUGGUGACAACAUAUUGAUAAACAGAUCAGGCCCCGUUAACGCUCCGUAUACGUUGCUUUUCCCAACAAGUGAAGGUGGACUUACAGGCAAAGGAAUUCCUAACAGUGUGUCAAUAUAGAAGGUCGACACCCGAAAAUGAAGAAAGCUGGAGUUUGAAUAAAUCUUGAAAUAAAUUUUCAUUAUUAUGUUAAGUGUAAUCUCCCUUUGUUUGCUUCAUUUCUGUAUGUUUGAUUCUCCUAAGUUAACUGUAUUUUCAUUUCAACCUUACUUGUUAUGUAUUUCUCAGUAUGUUGUGAGAAUAAUAAAUCUAAUUCCAGCUGAAAAU